UGGAUUUUUCAUGUCCCAUGCGGUUGGACAUCGAGGUCAAUGCCUUGCUUCAGAACAAUUGUUCGUUUCGUCUUCGAGGACAUUUGGCUGGGCACUUCAUGGACUGCGAAAUCGAAAGAUUGUCGGCAGGCAUUCCGCCCUCGGACCGCACGGGGAAGGAGGAAAAGCGAUUCACUAAGAAUCCUGAGGAGUGCACAUAAAGCUGUGGAGCAGAAUGUACACACGGUGCAAAAUCUGGUGACAGAAAUAAAACAAUGAUUGCAUGCAAGCCUGAUUCCACUCGUCCAAUGUCCUGGCUAUGUCCGCUGCUCUCGUCAUCAUUGAGUAUUUACUCUUCUCCUGAUUAUAUUUCUGCACCCUGCAGUAUCCACGAAGCCUACUCACAUCUAUGGGUUGAGACAUCAGUGCUAGGAUUCAUGAGUUCGUACGAGCAAGUCUCGCUGCUGCAUCUCAAUCGUCCAGUGUCCAAGAAUAUGCACAAUGCAAAAAGUAUCUUUCUGUCAGGAGCCAUGGUCCACCCUUUCUGUAUGGCCUCAACCCUAACCCUAUUCAUCUGAAUAGCAACGAAGAAAAUGGACAUCUCGACUCAAAUUUUGCAUGGAAGAACGAUAUGCCCAAAGCUGAUCCAAAGUUGCCUCGAGAUUGAGAAUUCACGUUGAUCUGCAGUAGUAAGGAUUCUCCUUGUGCAGUACCAUGCACUCGUUUCCGACCUAUUUGUUGUACUAGGAAGAUGCGAAUCGAUUCCCCUGCGCAAGGAGAGUUGUUACAUUGAAUGUGAGGAUAAGAUAUUGCACCAACCGAAGCAGAAGAAAGGCACUUUAUCGGAUGGUGUCGAGGAAUUGUACACUGUUGAGUGGAAGCAGAUAUACUCGAAGAUAUGACAUUGUCAGAAGUAGAGAAAUGCUCUCGUUCAUGACAAUGCGAGACAGACUGUACUGCGCGUUCUGGAUGUCCCAUCGAGGAAGUCCCUAAUUUCCCCAGUCACUUCGACAGGCGUCGCAAGUCCAGCGAGUUCACAGGGUACUACUAGAGCUUCGGAGCUUCGUGUUUCCUUAAUUUGGAGUAGGAGCUUGAUCAUAGACUUCGAGUUCAUUUCAUAGACGUGAAAUCCAAAACAGAAGCGGGAGCUGAAUCGAAGGAACCUUGCUUGGUAACAGAAUUGAAGCACUCGAUGGCGGCAUUGAUACUUGGAUUUUUCGAACAAAUGGAACAGGGUAAGGGUGGUCGGGUAGCUCGUUGAUGGAUGUACAUGUCACAGGGCGGCCAAUGUUGCUGCUGUCUGUGAGCCCAGGAGCUUUGGUGGCUGGUGUACAUUAGGCUCACACAGCGCCAGGGAAGAUGUAAGAACGAAGCUGGGCGAUGAGCAUGUUCUGCAGCAUGUGCUCAAGCGUCCUUCAUCUCUCAUUGCUAUGACUCUGAUGGUUGCAGAUCAGAGACAGUGACUCGAACAUAAUUGGGACCAAAUGAAGGGAAUGCUGCUGCUCUUCGUGUGUAGCUGCCUUCUGAAUUCUGCAGAUGGGAUGUUCGUCCUCAACUCUACCUCGUUCAACCAGUCUCUGCUACUGUCAGGCUUUGCUCAUGUGGUCAAUGGUUCGUUAUCCCUGAUACCCGAGGCUUCUGUGACAAGCGAAAGUCCCAUCGAUCCAAGCCAAAAAGCUGGAGUGGCAUAUUAUGAAAAGCCAGUCAAAUUGCUCGAUCACGGCUCAAAAUCGACAGCAUCCUUCAGCACCAGUUUCAAGUUCCGUGAGAUUCCUCAGAGUUAUAACAGUCCGAACAACUUCCUGGGGGAUGGCAUGACCUUCGCCAUCGCUCCGUGGAAGAAUUGGAUCGGGGGCACAGGUCGGCGUCUGGGCUUGUAUCCCACUGGCAGUACACAAUCGAAGCUGGUUGCCAUCGAGUACGACAACUUCCCCAACGGAGAGUACAAUGACCCAAAUUACACGCACAUCGGUGUUAACCUCGACAGGAACGGGACAUCUCGCAAGGUUGGCACCUCGAGUAUUUUGCAGCGCAAUAUCUGGACUGGAGAUCCCAUGUGGUCUUGGAUUGACUACAAUGGCUCGACCAAGGAGCUGGAGGUGAGGCUUAGCAACUCCAGCACUAGACCGGAUAGUGCAGUUCUGAAUUACAACAUAGAUCUGCUGGGCCACCUGGAUGAGGAAAUGUGGGUCGGAUUCUCAGGUGCGUCGGGAGAUUCAUACAGCUACAUCUACAUAGAUUGGUGGGAAUUUAACAGCUUCGGAUUGCCCCAGAAGAAAGGACGUAAAAUCGAGGGCUUGAUAGUGGGCUGCGCAGUUGGAGGUGGAUUUGCAAUUGCUGUCACUGGAUUUAGUGUCUUCUUGCUCCUCUUACGAAAGAAACGUCGAGAGGAGGCGGAGUACAGAGCAGAAGAUGAGCUGCGACAGAUGCCAGGGAUGCCAGACCACUUCAGCUACAAGCAGCUCAGUGCGGCCACCAGAGCGUUCAGCGAGAGCUCGAAGCUCGGAGAAGGGGGAUUCGGAAGCGUGUACAAGGGGACAUUGGUCAGCAGUGGGACGAUGGUGGCAGUGAAGAGGGUGAAGGCCGACUCGAAGCAGGGCAUGAGAGAGUUUCUGGCCGAGGUUUCCAUCAUCAGUCAGCUCAGGCACCGGAACGUGGUGCAGCUGAUGGGAUACUGCAGAGAAAGGGGCAAGCUGCUGCUGGUUUACGAGCUUCUGCCCAAUGGAAGCCUCGACAAAGCACUCUUCCAUGCCACCUCUGCCGAGCAUGUCAUCGACUGGAGCCAGAGGAUGAAGAUCCUCUACGGCCUGGCUUCAGCCCUGCAUUACCUCCACCAAGGCUGGCGCCAGCAGGUGAUCCACCGUGACGUGAAAUCGAGCAAUAUUAUGCUGGAUGACGAGUUCAAUGCCAAGUUGGGAGACUUUGGGCUCGCUCGUUUGGUCGAUCAUUCCAAGAAUGCAACGACCACUUUGGUGGCUGGGACUUAUGGCUACAUAGCUCCCGAGGCAUCAGUGACAGGAAAGUUCACUGAUAAGACAGACGUAUAUGCUUUCGGGGCAGUGGCUCUGGAGCUUGCCACUGGGAGGAGAGCUUUCGACGGUACAGCUGCAGAGGACGACGAGCAUCUGGUGGAUAUGGUGUGGAAACGUCUGAGCGAUGGGCAGCUGAUCAGUGUAGUGGACCGAAGAUUGGAAGGCAAAUUCGAUGUCGUCGAGUUGGAAAUCGUGCUCAUGAUGGGCUUGCUUUGCUCUCAUCCGGACCACAGAUCUCGCCCUUCCAUGCGCCAAGUUGUUCAGGUCCUGGCCGGGGAUGCUCCCGUGCCUCCGAUUCCUGCCUCCAAGCCUUCACCGGUGUUCUCGACAAUUGGCCGUGCCAUCACUUUGAAGGACUUGCAGGGUAGCACGUCUAGCACGAUGGAGCUCGAACCGAACACCGGGUCCAGUUCCUGGACGAACAAUUCGUCCUCGUUGUCAAGAUCCUCGGCCUCCUUCACUAGACUGAGACCAUAAUAGAAAGCUUGCGACAUUUCUCAUCCUCAAGUUAAUGCAACAACUGUCGAUUCUAUGCAAAACUUGGUGUGGAAGCUGGACUGUAAACACGAGCACCUGUUCAGAGUCUUGCUCUUGACAUUGAGUGCUUGCGCUGACCAUCUCAAUUCUGAGGUCAAAUCAAAGUCUUUACAUAAUCCUCGGUCUUUGAGUAUUCGUGCAACUCGUGAAUGAUGGCCAGAAGGUGCUCUUGUGCGCGUCAUACUACAUCUGAAUUAUCUCUCCCAGACGAGAGUGGCUCUCUUUCGGGGAUCAGAGGGCUCAGAACGAUUGUAUGCCGCCAUUGCUGCGAUCCUACGGACUGUGUAACAAUUAGAAACCUCUCGACCCGAAUUUGUAACUGCCUAUUCCUCGUGACCACGACUUCUAGAGAAUCCCUUGCCACCGAAUAAUACUCCGCGUUCAUGUCGAAGCUGCUGGACUUGAAGUCGAGCUCCAAAAGCUGCGACAUUUACCGGAAUUUCUACUUGAGAAUGAAAAAGGUCAUUCGAU